AUGGAUGAAUGGAACAAACCUUCAAUUAUCUAUGUCUUCAAUUCAUAAAAAUGCUUACAAUUAUGAAUAAGCAAUCACAAAUAAUAAUUUGUUGACAAAAAAAAAUGAAUUUCAGGUUAACUAAUUAAUAUUAUUGUCAUUUUUGUGAUUUAUUUAUUUAUAAACUUUAUACAGUGUUAAUCUGUCUUCUGUGCCAAUAACUUUUACCAGUUAUUACUGGAAAUUUGCUGAUGAAUGUAUAAACAAUAACUAUAAAAAAGUAUUCUAUUAAAGGCUAAUCAUUGAAAAGUUUUUCUUUUAAGCCAGUACCGUUUUUAAUGUUUCAAUAAUUGAGUGGUUUCCAAAAUUAGGUUAUGGCAUAAAUCUAAUUACGUGCAUAAAGUUAAUAAUUCAUCAAAAUAGUGUGCUUUACCAUUAAUUAAUCGGGUUACAAGAUUUAUUCAGUGCAGGUAGUCGAAGCUUCAUAGUAGACCAAUAAACUUAAACAAGCAUCAAUUAAGACCAACGUUCGUUUUUGAGAUGGGCUAUUUAAAGUGUGUCAUAUCUCAAAAAUGUUUACAUAGUGUUAAAGGCAUUAUAAAUAAGAGGCAGCUAAUAUUUGAAUUUUUACAACAACGUAUGUUGUCAUGUUCAUCAACAUUUAGUAAAAUCGUUACAAUUAACAAUAAUGACGAUUUUCUCUCAAAAGUUAUGCGUUCAAGUAAGCCUGUUAUUGUAAAUUUUCAUGCUGAAUGGUGUGAGCCAUGUCAUAUAUUGACUCCUAAAAUGGAAGAAUUAAUUGGACCUAAAGAAAACAUUGAUUUGGCUGUAAUUGAUGUAGAAAAUAAUGCAGAAUUAGUUCAUACAUUUGAAGUAAAAGCUGUUCCAGCAGUAAUUGCUGUUAGAGAUGGAUUAGUUGUAGAUAAGUUUAUUGGACUGGUUGAUGCAGAUAUGAUUGAAAGACUUAUAGCAAAGUUAGACAACUUUUCAAAUACUUAAAAUAAAUUCAUACAUAGGAAUUGUAAAUAUUUUGUAUAUUAUCAAAUUACAUACUUAAGAUAUCAAAGGUCAUUUCCAAAAAAGUAUGGUGAGUUCUAAAUUAAAUGAAGUUUCAUUUUUU